AUGGCAGAUCCUGGUACUAUCGUCUCAGCGGCCGAGGCCUGCUACAAAUAUGGCAAGAAGCUUGUCAAAUUUUGCCAAAAUUGGAAGCAUGCAGACCACGAACUUUCAGAGCGCGUCAGAAUUGUGGAGAUAUGCUGGGCUAAGACCAGCGCCCAGAUCGACCUUGUUCAGCGACUGCAACCAAUAAUGGAGAAUAGUCUUAGUCGUAUUAUGGACGAUAACUUCACUAUUCUUCAGGGAAAGCUUUGGCGCGCUGCGACCAAAGUUGAAAGUGUUCAGGAUACAUCUUCUCAGUCUAGACCUGGAAUUUUUGGCUUCCAUCGUCGAGCAAAGGGGUUCAAAUAUGCGCGGGAGAAGGAAGCAAUAGACGAAGUGAUUCGCGAUAUGGAGGAUUGGCAAAAGCGCAGUGAGCCCUCGUGGUUCUUGAUCAUGCGUAUUGCUAAUCCUUUCAUUGAUGAGGAACUUCGUUGUGCCGCGGCAAAUAGCUCUCCUCUGAAACUUGCAUCCAAGGUUCGCGAGGCAGUGAGACCAUCCGGUGGUCCACCAUCAGUCGAACUCCCCAAAGCCUCAUUCAAGGUAUCAAACAUACCUUUCAGUCACAUGAAAGUAGGAUUACAUCUCAGUAAGAACACACAAUAUAUCAUCGAUACCUUAAUCGUUGGUCCGAAAAGCAAUGCCAAAGCCAUGGAGCAUGACGUACGGGAUCUUGCAGGCAGAUUGACGAGAGUGGAUUCUUCGGUAUUUGGUUUGCUCAGUUGCAAGGGCUUCAUGCCUGUCUAUGAAAAGUCAUCACUGGACAGUCAGAGCCCCCAGGAGAAGAAGCCAAGGAUUAUAGCUUUCGAUCUUGUUUUUCGGGUGCCAGACAACCAUGAUUUAAGUCAAGCUCAAAGUCUGAGGCAUCUACUCUGGAGCAACACGCGAGAUAGCAUUGAGGUCCUUCCCUCCCUCUCGUGGCGCAUGCAACUUGCGCAAGAACUAGCAAAAUCUGUGAGCUAUGUCCAUACAUUUGGAUUUGUUCACAAAAGCGUCCGUCCUGAGUCAAUACUUCUAUUGAAGAACAUCACUUCGGGUCCCUCUCCAUCACAAAAUGGCCCAUCCGCCUUUUUGGUGGGAUUCGAUAGUUUCCGAGCUGCAAACGCAGACACAGUCCUACAGGGAAGCGGGGCGUGGGAGCUUGAUAUUUACAAUCACCCCCAGAGGCAAGGCGAACAUCCAAGUGAUGCUUAUAAGAUGCAACAUGACAUAUAUAGCCUGGGUGUGUGUCUUUUAGAGAUUGGGCUUUGGCAGUCAUUUGUCCAAUUCCCAACUCUAGCGACUGAAUGCAAGCCCCACCCAAGUAAAGUCUUUGAAGCCUUCAUUGCCCGCCUGAACAGCAGCGAGGAUAUGUCACAGGCAUUUCCGGUAUUGCUCUCAGCUGCACCUGUGGACCUCAAGGAUUACCUACUGGAGCUUGCUAGAAUAGAGCUACCGCGGAGAGUGGGCGAGAAAUAUGCCGAGAUUGUGGUGACCUGCCUUACAUGCCUCGACCAGGAGAACGACUUUGGUGAAGAAGCAGAUGUUGCAGAUGAUGAUGGGAUUUUAGUCGGUGUUCGUUUUAUAGAAACAGUUCAUAGCCGCCUUACUGAGAUCAUGAUUUGA